GAAGGAUUUUUCAAUCACAUGAGAUUUGAUUCUCAACCUGUGCACAUCGUGUAAUUUUUGUGAAAAUACAAGUGCAAUUGUGUUUUUAUAUAUCAACAGGAUAAGUAAAACUUAAAAACGAACAUUGAAGAAUAAAAGUGAGUGUUUGUGAUUAGAAAUAAUUAAUUUAUACAGUUGAGGUGAAGUGAUAAACCAAUGUCAAACCGAAGUUUCGAAUUUAGUAAAGGGAUGAUCCCUUCACGAUGGUUAUCAUGUCCUCGCAAAAGUAUUGAAUUAAUAAACAAUAAAUUUCUCGCGUUUAAAACACCACUUUCUGAUGAGUUUAAUAAUCAAGUUUCUGAAGAAUGUCGUUUUUCUGUGAAUAUGCUGUUUGCAUCAUUAAAGUAUCAAAGAUUGAAAAUGGGAUUACUAAUAGAUUUGACAAAUACCACCACCAGGUUUUAUAAUAAAGCUGAUGUUGAAUCUCAUGGAUGUCGUUAUUACAAGCUCCAAUGUCGUGGUCAUGGAGAAACUCCCUCCAUAGAACAAACAAAAGUUUUUAUUGAAAUUUGCAGAAAUUUUAUUGCUCGUAAUCCAUCUAAGAUCAUUGGAGUUCAUUGCACCCACGGUUUUAAUAGAACCGGGUUUCUUUUAAUAAGUUACUUGGUUGAAAGUAACAUAUUGAACUUGGAUGCUGCUGUAAGUGAAUUUUCAACGGCUAGACCUCCUGGAAUUUAUAAGGAAGACUAUAUUAAAGAGUUAUACAGGCGAUAUGAUGAUAAGAAUGAUGUUCUUCCUGUACCACCACUACCAACUUGGUGUUUAGAAUAUGAUAAUUUAAAAGGAAAUGGAAAACAACAUGAUAAAUGUGAAAAUCGUGAAUAUACUCAAGAUGGAGUUUUCAUGGCUGGAGUUUCUGAAGUAAAACCAGUACGAGAUUUAGCUAAAGUUAUGAGAAUUCAACAAAGAAUUCAAAAAAUCUGCAAAUGGAAUAGAAGUGGUUUUCCUGGUUCCCAACCUGUCUCUAUGGAUCAGAAUAAUAUCAUUCAAUUUAAUAUCAAACCAUACCAAGUAUCAUGGAAAGCUGAUGGUACUAGAUAUAUGAUGUUUAUCCAAGCAAACGAAGAAGUGUUUUUCAUUGAUAGAAAUAAUAGUGUCUUUGAGGUAUCCGGAUUGACUUUUCCACACUGUGAAGAUGUUUCAAGAACUCUGAAAGAUACUUUAUUAGAUGGAGAAAUGGUUAUUGAUAAAGUAAAUGGUACCGAACAUCCUAGGUACUUAGUUUUUGACAUUAUCAUGUGUGAUGGUGAAGAUGUAUCGACAGACUUAUUUUUUAUUGAGCGAUAUGCUAUAAUCGAGAAAGAAGUGAUAGGAAGCCGAAUGAGAGCAUUAAAUGAAGGCCGAAUACGACGAAAUCAAGAACCCUUUUCUAUUCGUCAAAAGCAAUUUUGGGAUAUUACACAAGUCAACAAGUUAUUGAGUGAAAAAUUUGUGAAACAAUUGGGUCAUGACCUAGACGGCCUGAUCUUCCAGCCUUCGAAGGAGCCUUACAUCCCUGGACCUGCAGCAACCGUCUUGAAGUGGAAGCCACUAUCGUUGAAUUCAGUGGACUUCAAAUUGAAAAUAGUCGUCGAAUCAGAUAAUUUGAAAACAUUUAUUACGGAAUCACGAGACCAGUUAAAAAACAGAAGAUGUUCAAUCGUAUAAUAAUGCAAUAGUGGCAUUGGAGAACCAAAAGUUUGAGCUCAUCCAAGAAUUGCAUGAAGUCAAACAAGAACUGUUGACAUUUGAUUCACUAAAAUGCGUUGAAUUUGAAGAAAAAGAAGAAUUAUGCAAUCAGAAUCAAAACAAGGACGUAGCCAAUGAUGUUACACAAAAUAAUUUAGAACUACUGAGAGUAUUAAAUGAAUUACAAAACCAAGUGAAUGUGGUAUUAAACGAAAAAAGUGCAUUAGAAGAGAAAUUUAAUAAAUUCACAUUGUAUUUAAAUAGUAACAAUGAAAUCUUAACAGAGUUACAGUCAGAAAUAAUUGACUUAAGAGAUUGGAAUGAUGGCCAAUGCCAUGUCAUUCAAAAGAUAUUAGCAGAUUUGAACGAAAAUCAAUUAGAAUCAAGUCAAAAGAAUUAUUUACUUGACUACCAUCAAGGCCUUUCUGAUAAAAAUCGCAACUUAGAGUUAAAAGUGGUCGAAAUAAGAAAUUCAAUUGAUAUUUUCAGAAAUGUAUUCGAACACUUAACUCAUGAUAAAAAUGUCUGGAACAAUAAAUUCUUCUUCAAAAAUAUCGACAUU